CGGCCCGACCUCGGCUACUUCCGGCAGUUGGCGCUCUGUCUCUUCCCGGCUUCCCCUUCCCUCCUAGUCUCGGUUCUACCGUGCUGCUGCUGAGAGCUCGAAGCUGCUCUUCCCCCGGCGCAGACAUGACGCGAGUACCCGUGAGCGCUCUCCUCCUCCUGGCCUUAUCCACCGCCACCGUCUUGGCCUCUGAUGUCCUGGACCUCACGGACGACAACUUUGACAGCGUAGUGCAACAGCACCAGUUCAUGCUCGUCGAGUACUUCGCUCCCUGGUGUGGUCACUGUAAGAAGCUUGCACCAGAGUACGAAGAAGCUGCCACAAAACUGAAGGGAACCGCCACAUUGGCUAAGGUUGAUUGUACAGCAAAUUCCAAAAUCUGUAACAAAUAUGGGGUUAGCGGGUACCCUACUCUUAAAAUCUUCAGGAACGGUGAAGAGUCUGGAGCUUAUGAUGGGCCCAGGAGUGCUGACGGAAUUGUCAGUACCAUUAAGAAACAGGCUGGACCUGCAUCUGUGGAUCUCCGAUCUGUGGAGGAAUUUGAGAAAUUCACAGCGGAUGCCGAUGCCUCUGUUGUUGGUUUCUUCCGUGAUCUGUAUGGCACAGUUCAUUCUGAGUAUCUGAAGGCUGCCAACACCUUGAGGGAGAAGCACAGAUUUGCUCACACUGAUGAAUCUGAGCUGGUGAACAAAUAUGAUUCCAAUGGAGAGGGCAUUGUCUUGUUCCGUCCACCUCGUCUGGCAAACAAAUUUGAGGAUAGCUCUGUUGCAUUCCCUGCUGAUGAGAAAAUCACAUCUCCCAAAAUUAAGACUUUCAUCCAGGAUAACAUAUUUGGCCUCUGCCCUCACAUGACCGAAGACAACAGGGAAUUGAUCCAAGGAAAAGAUUUGCUUGUAGCCUAUUAUGAUGUGGAUUAUGAGAAGAAUCCCAAGGGCUCAAACUACUGGAGAAAUAGAGUGAUGAUGGUGGCAAAGAAGUUUGUGGAUGCUGGACACAAGCUCAGUUAUGCGGUUGCAGACCGCAAAGCCUUUGCCCAUGAAGUGGCAGAGUUUGGUUUAGAGGUUGGUGCUGCUGCAGUUCCUGUCGUUGGUAUUAAAACUGCCAAGGGGGAGAAAUACGUUAUGCAUGAAGAGUUCUCUCGUGAUGGAAAAGCAUUGGAGCGCUUCCUUGAAGAUUACUUUGCUGGUAAUGUAAAGAGGUACCUGAAGUCUGAACCCAUUCCCCAAGACAAUGAUGGCCCAGUCAAGGUAGCUGUAGCUGAAAACUUUGACGAUCUUGUAAAUGAUGACAGCAAAGACGUUCUGAUUGAGUUCUAUGCUCCCUGGUGUGGACACUGUAAAAACUUGGAGCCUAAAUACAAAGAGCUUGGAGAGAAGCUGGCUAAUGAUCCAAACAUUGUUAUUGCCAAGAUGGAUGCAACAGCCAAUGAUGUACCUUCCCCGUAUGAAGUCAGAGGAUUUCCCACCAUCUACUUUUCCCCAGCUGGAAACAAGAAUAGUCCAAAGAGAUAUGAGGGUGGCAGAGAAGUCAAUGACUUCCUCAGCUACUUGAAGAAAGAAGCUACAAAUCCUCCCAUUGUUAAAGAAGAUGAAAAGCCCAAAAAGAAGAAGAAAGAAGAACUGUAAAUGAGAUUAUCUUGUGACAGCGGCAGUUUCUGCAUGGUGGGGUUGUUGUCCUGACGUUACUGGGAACACAACAGUGUGUUGGACACUGAAGCUAUUGCGUUUUUUUUUUUUUUUUUGUCAUCCCCCUUUAAUGAAGGGGAAUUGGCAGUUGAUUAGAGAUUUCUUAGAUGCACUGUUGGAAACAUCAUCAAAGGACCUGUGAAUAUCUGUGGCUUGUUCAGGGGGGGGACACCACUUUUCCAUCAAGGUUGGGAGGGAAAGGAAAGGGGGUGGGCUGUAAAUUACUAUUUUUAUUUUAAUUUUUUUUUUUGUACACUUGAAACCACAAAUUCGACAAUAAACACCCCCCUACCUUUA